AUGGUGAUUGAUGAACACGCUAAGUGGAAAGUUACGACUGUUUGCUGGCCGCCUUUCCAUUCCAUUCGGUUCGGUGUGGCGGUGCUUCUACCAGAUGCCGCCGAGGUUCUCAUCACUUGGUCGUCCGUCACCUUAACCAUCGCAACCUCCCGUUCCUCUGUGACGAUGGCGGUGACGACGUGUGUUUCUGGCGUGGCGCCAGGCCGCACACAACUUGUCACCUGCUACGACGCCGCCGUCGUCGAGUAA